UCCAAAUAGGAAAUGGAAGAGGAAACCAAUAAAAAGCGAAUUGAACGUAAGUCAUUCAUUUGUCCUAACUCUUCAACUCCGCCGUCAAAAAAGUGAGAGAGAGAGAGAGAGAGAGAAGGUAGCUAAUAUGGAAGCGAAAUCAGCAGCUCCUCCGUCUUCGGUUGCUGAUCUUAUUCUCCACCGUGGGGGCGAUGUUAGCGACGUAGAUUUCAAUAUUCUUGAGAGAAUCCUACCACAUUGUACUGUCGACCAGUUGUGGACCAUAGAGAAGAGUACGAGAGGAAGAGAUCUGAGUCCCGUUACAGAUAAGCUGUGGGAGAAAAUCUGUGAAGCGAAGUUUGGUGCUGAUCCGAGGAUCGAAAAGAUUAAGAGAGUGAAUGUCGUAUUCAGAUGGGUAGACGUGUAUGAGGCAAAACUGGAAGCUGACAGGUUGAAGAGUCAGGGGCAUCAAAUAUUGGAAGCUGCUCGAAUACAAGUUCCUUCAUCGUCAAGCAAUAAUGAAAGAAGUAGCUCUGGGAGUGGCAUUAAUAAUGUUUCUUCCAGAAAGGGUAGCGUGCCGAUGAAGAAAUUGAGAAGUGAAGUUCGUAAUUGUCUCGAGGUGAGAAAUCGUAAGAUCAUGAAGAAUUACAGUUCUGCGAAAGAUAAAUCGACAUUCAAGCCAAGCGAUAUUAUUGUUUUGGAUGAUUAGGCUAAGCUAAAAUGUAUG